GUGGAAUUCAACCGAAUUCAACAGCGAAUACAACUUCAAGUCCCUGGAUGACUUAUCUUCACACGACUGAAUUAAUAUUCGUGUGCGGUGGAACUCUAAUUACUCAAAAACUGGUACUAACAGCAGCGCAUUGCACAAAGGCCAAUGUGGAUCUAGUAGCUCGUCUUGGUGAAUUUAUUGGAACCCGUGAAGAGCAGGACACGAUUCGAUCGGAGCAUUAUGUGAACCAAACCUUCAAGCAUCCCUUCUACAAUAUAGUUACACAUGCAAACGACAUUGCCAUUCUCGGAUUGGCCACAAAUGUGGUGUACACAGAGCACAUCAGACCUAUUUGCAUUCCAUGGUGGACUAUUUGGAGACAGUAUAUUGACAACAUCCAGGUGCUCACUGGUACUACAUGGGGUAUGUCCAUGGUAAAAAAUGAAAGUGAUUCAUUUAGGACGGAAGUCCGUCGACAACCAGCAGAAAUGUGUACUAGCUCCAAUGGCAGCAACAUUGAAAGAACACAAUUUUGCGCGGGAAACUCAGAAAGUAGUCUGUGCAAUAUGGACUACAGCAGUAUUCUUGGAGCAAUGAUUCCCUACAAAAACUACAGUCGCUUUGUCCUGAUCGGAAUAGCAACCACCAACCAAAGAUGUUAUCAGCCGAGCAUUUACACUGAUGUCCUGAGCCACAUCGACUUUAUCCUCAGCGUUUGGCGGUAUUUUAGCAAAGGUCAAAGUGUCCUAAACCCAAGUUCAACGACAACCACAUCGACGACUACAACGACACAGGCACCGAGUCUAAAUGAUGAUAGGGGUUUGAUUUGGGAUACGGGUCUAUCAAAUAUGUCAGAAUCAGUAAUUAGUGUUUAA